GUUGUUGCAGCGCCGGCCGCCGGGCGCUGUCAUGGCGGUGGCCAGCCCUGCGAAGCUUGUGAGGAGACGGGAUGCUCGGCUUUUUGUCCGCGCGACAACUGGGUUUAGAAGACCCAGUUCGCCUCCGGAGAGCGGAGUCUACACGGAGAGUUUUGGGCCUUGAGUUAAACAAAGACAGAGAUGUUGAAAGAAUCCAUGGCAGUGGAGUUAACACGCUCGACAUUGAACCUGUUGAAGGGCGAUACAUGUUAUCAGGAGGUUCCGAUGGAGUGAUUGUACUUUAUGACCUUGAGAACUCCAGCAGGCAGCCAUACUACACGUGCAAAGCAGUGUGUUCCAUCGGCAGAAGCCAUCCCGACGUUCACAAAUACAGUGUGGAGACUGUACAGUGGUACCCUCAUGACACGGGCAUGUUCACAUCAAGUUCAUUUGACAAAACUCUCAAAGUGUGGGAUACAAAUACACUACAACCUGCAGAUGUAUUUAAUUUUGAGGAAACAGUUUAUAGCCAUCACAUGUCUCCAGUCGCCACCAGGCACUGCUUGGUAGCAGUUGGUACAAGAGGACCAAAAGUACAGCUUUGUGACUUAAAGUCGGGAUCCUGUUCUCACAUUCUACAGGGUCACAGACAGGAAAUACUGGCAGUUUCCUGGUCACCACGUUAUGACUAUAUCUUAGCAACAGCAAGUGCUGACAGCAGAGUAAAAUUAUGGGAUGUAAGGAGAGCAUCAGGAUGUUUGAUUACUCUUGAUCAACAUAACGGGGAAAAAUCACAAGCUGUUGAAUCAGCAAACACUGCUCAUAAUGGGAAAGUUAACGGCUUAUGUUUUACAAACGAUGGACUCCACCUCCUCACUGUUGGAACAGAUAAUCGAAUGAGGCUGUGGAAUAGUUCCAAUGGAGAAAACACACUGGUGAACUAUGGAAAAGUUUGUAAUGACAGCAGAAAAGGAUUGAAAUUCUCUGUCUCCUGUGGCUGCAGCUCAGAAUUUGUUUUUGUACCAUAUGGUAGCACUAUUGCUGUUUAUGCGAUUUACUCAGGAGAACAGAUAACUAUGCUUAAGGGACAUUAUAAAAACGUUGACUGCUGUGUAUUUCAGUCUAAUUUCCAGGAACUGUAUAGUGGCAGCAGAGACUGCAAUAUCCUGGCUUGGGUGCCAUCUUCUUGGGAACCAGUUCCGGACGAUGAUGAGACUGCAGCCAAGACACAGUUACAUCCAGCGUUUGAAGAUGCGUGGAGCAGCAGUGACGAUGACGGGUAGCACUUCUGUGUCUCUGUUGAAGAAACUUGUUAAAUGCAGCUAUUGGUGUGUGUGCUUUGUUUUGGGGGUUUUUGUUUUGUUUUCUUUUCUUUUUUCCACCAUUUGAUCUAUGUCUUAUAACUAAAUUAGUCCUCAAAUUGAGUGAUUUGUUUUCUCCCAGAUUCAAAACAAGGUUACUAUUGGCCUGAAAUCCUGAAGCGAUUCUGUAGCAUGCUUCCUUGAUCAUGGUAGCUGUGGCCUGGGUCCGUUCCUAGAGUUGCAGUGUGCCUGAGCUGAAACCUUGAGCAAGUGUUACGAACAGCAAAAGGAGACAAAUAGCUGGAGGUUACGAGUGUUGAUUAUACGCUCUCAAGGAUGACUUCACCAAGUAUGAGCACAUCAAAAACAAUCGUGAUUAUUCUUUCUUAUUCAUACAUUCGCAUUUCACAAUACAACUAAACAUCAUCUAGCUUGAAGUUCAAUCUUUUUUGACUUGUCUCACAAUCCAAAAUGUGUAUCCCCGAAGGCUUUCAACUCGGACUGAAGGGAGAGGGGUGUCUGCGUUUGCUUUAUGUUCAUGUCAGACACAGCUUCUGUUCCACAGUUCCACAGUUCCUGCUGGAACUCCCCUUCCGUGAAAGCUAAGAUGUACCCAAGUCCUGCUUCCUUCAUCCGAGCAGAAAAUAUCCUUGUGGGAAUUUGGCACAAAAUGCGAAAUAUUGUCACAAAAUCUGCGUCAUGCUUUCCUCUUGGAUCUACCCACACAUGAUUACCAUCAUCUUAUAUUCACUCUUUUCCAGGUUCUGACCAACAGGAGAUGAGUAAAACAUUUGAGUGAGAUUAAAUACCAAAUAUUCAAUUGCCUGGUUUUUAAGUAUAAUGUUUAAGUCUAGCUUUAAGCCUUAUAUCAGACCUUUCUGACAAAAUAUUCCAUAAUCCAUAAUUUUUAUGGUUGAUUUUCUAAAGCCUAGGCCAUUAUACUCUCACUUACGACAUUGCUUCUGACAUCUAAGAAAGAUGCGAAAAAUUGGACAUCUGCUUUAGUCUUAAGGAAAAAAGUCAAAAAAAGUCUUCUUUCAAACUGUAAAUAACUGUAUUGCUUCUUUAGAGUUACAUAAUUC